AAAUAGGUAAACCAGAACCGGGUUUUAUCGGGUCAAUUAGAUUUAACCGGUACCGGUUAUUUAUAUUAUUCCCCUGUAAAAUAUUCCCCUCCCCUCUCUUCUCUUCUCUCUGCCUUUCUCUUUCAAAGUCAGAGCUCUUGAACGGAUAAUCUCGCUCGCGCCGACAACUUUUUGUUGAGAAGAUAUUUCAUCUGUUUCCGAUCCAAAUAGUGGCGAGCUUUGAUUUCGAAAUCUCCCUUUUUGCUUCUUCAAUUCGAUUUCCUUUGCAAGCUAAGAGCUUGAUCUCGCUAUCUCUCAGAGACAGCUGAGAGCUGAGGAUACUGGAAGGAAUCUCCUAUGGCUGAACUUCCAGGUCAAAUAAGACGUAUGAGCGGUGGAAUUAGUCAAUUGAUAGAGCAGAUAUAUGGGUUUUCGAGAAGAUGUUUGUUUCGGGUCAUAUCUAUGGGUCCUAUACCUAGUCAUCUCGCCUUUAUCAUGGAUGGAAAUAGGAGAUAUGCAAAAAAGCACAGUCUAGAAGAUGGGUCUGGUCAUCAAGCAGGGUUUUCUGCGCUUAUGUCGAUGCUGCAGUACUGCUAUGAGCUGGGUAUCAAGUAUGUAACGAUAUACGCAUUUAGCAUAGAUAAUUUUAGAAGAAAACCUGAGGAGGUUCAGUCUCUAAUGGAUUUAAUGCUGGAAAAGAUAAAGUCUUUGCUUGAGAAAGAGAGUAUUGUGCAUCAGUAUGGGAUUCGGGUCUAUUUUAUCGGUAAUUUGGCGCUGCUAAAUGACCAAGUGAGAGCUGCUGCAGAAAAAGUCAUGAAGGCCACAGCUAAGAAUAGUCGGGUAGUGCUUCUCAUCUGCAUUGCCUAUAACUCGACAGAUGAGAUCGUACAAGCUGUCAAGAAAUCUUGUAUUAACACGUCAGACAAUAUUGAAGCAUCUGGUAAUUAUAAACACGAGGAUAGAGAUAGUGAUAUAGAAGGAACAGAUAUGGAGAACCAGGAGAAGAGGAUACAGUUGGUGGAUAUUGAGGAGAAUAUGCGGAUGAGCGUGGCUCCGGAUCCUGAUAUACUCGUCAGGAGUUCAGGAGAGACAAGGCUGAGCAAUUUUCUUUUAUGGCAAACAGGUAAUACCCAGCUCUUCUCUCCGGCUGCUCUGUGGCCUGAGAUUGGUCUGAAGCAUCUGCUCUGGGCUGUAUUGAACUUCCAAAGAAAUCAUUCAUACUUGGAGAAGAGGAAGAAACAAUUGUGAUUGUCCUGAAGUGAAGGAUAUACAAAAGCUCUCUUUUCUUUUUGGCUUUGUAAUGUGAUGUGAUGCUCUUGUGGAUACUAUCGAAAGUAAACGAUUACAUAGAACAAGCAAUGUAUUUUACACACGAACUCAUUUGAGUUUUUCUUUAUGAACCCUUAACCAAAAGUCCUCCCUAAA